GCAGAAAUGCAGCAACUUGAAAAAUAAGAUGAGCCUCUGGAUUGUUGCAAACAUUUGAAAAUAAAUAAUCGAAGGAGGCAAUAAAUACCAGCUGACAGAGGUGAAAUGGGCUCGGUAGACGAAACGAACUCUUUCCAGUGCUGCCAUACAUCAGAGACGCUUCAAACUAAUGGGGUAAUGCCCGUCGUGUCGGAUCCAAUUCGUGCUAAGAGUUUGUUACGUGCAAACUUAGUUUCUGCCAAACCACCCAUCCUUCAAAGCAGAAUGCCGAAUAUCAAGGUGUUCAGCGGCACAUCCCACCCGGAUUUGGCCCAAAGGAUCGUGGAUCGACUCGGUAUUGAUCUCGGCAAAGUCGUCACCAAGAAGUUCAGCAACUUGGAAACAUGUGUAGAAAUAGGCGAAUCUGUGAGAGGAGAAGAUGUGUACAUAGUUCAGAGUGGAAGUGGAGAAGUCAACGACAAUCUCAUGGAGUUGCUAAUUAUGAUCAAUGCCUGCAAAAUUGCCUCAGCCUCCAGAGUAACAGCUGUGAUACCUUGUUUCCCGUAUGCGCGGCAAGACAAGAAAGAUAAGGGCAAAGAGGAUGGAAACCAGGACGUCGCGCCUGUUGUCUGCAAAAACUUUGAGUGGAAAUUCAGGGGUUCCUUCUCUGUAAAACCCAAAAAGUCACUCAGAACGAGUCGAGCACCCAUCUCUGCAAAGUUAGUUGCUAACAUGCUUUCAGUGGCUGGGGCAGAUCACAUUAUAACGAUGGAUCUGCACGCAUCACAGAUCCAAGGUUUCUUCGACAUUCCUGUGGAUAAUCUCUAUGCGGAGCCAGCAGUUCUAAAGUGGAUUAAAGAAAAUAUAUCUGAGUGGAGGAAUAGUAUUAUCGUUUCUCCAGAUGCUGGUGGUGCUAAAAGAGUCACUUCUAUUGCUGAUAGACUGAAUGUAGAAUUUGCUUUAAUUCACAAAGAGAGGAAGAAGGCUAACGAAGUUGCAUCCAUGGUGUUGGUGGGAGACGUCAAAGACAGAGUUGCCAUACUCGUCGAUGACAUGGCUGACACCUGUGGCACUAUCUGCCAUGCGGCGGAAAAACUUAUGGAAGCUGGCUCAACGAAAGUUUAUGCCAUUUUAACCCACGGUAUAUUCUCAGGCCCUGCCAUCUCUAGAAUCAAUAACGCUUGUUUUGAAGCGGUAGUUGUCACCAACACAAUUCCGCAAGAUACUCAUAUGAAAGAAUGUCCUAAAAUUCAGUGCAUUGAUGUUUCUAUGAUGUUUGCGGAAGCUGUCCGUCGAACCCACAAUGGUGAAAGUGUCUCGUACCUCUUCUCAAAUGUUCCUUACUGAUUACUUUUAGUCAUAUUGAGCGGCCAUUCAGAACAGUCCCCCAUUUUCACUCUCUCACGAUCGGAUGGUUUAUUUAUCAAGUAUGUUUUUUCUUACAUCAAGUCAUCGAUGUUUAUGUCAUUUUUUCCUCUAUUUUGAAAAACGUCAAUGAAUCCGUCACAAUUGCAAUUUAGUUUUAUCAUAAAUCUUCUCCCUACUAUCCCCGUGUUUCAAUUUUUGACUUUUUGACUUACUUUGAGCUUCAACAAUUCUUCCCUCAGUGCAGGGAUAGAGAAGUAUUGAUGAAAAAUUAUCAUAUCAGCACCUCUUAUUCAAAAAUGUCUUCCUCCUCCCUCACUUUCUUACAUAGCGGGUAGAGAAACAAAUUGAUUGUUGUUACAACUCAGCCAUUUUAAGAUGAAGAGCUGUAUUGUAUCACUGUUAAAAAAUACCCACAGCUUCGGCAUUUUAUUGCCAAAUUGGUCUUGCAAUCAUUACUGUAUGAUUGGUGACUUGUCAGUCGUCAGUCUAUCAUUCCAUUAAGUUAAACUUAGACUGUUCUCAAAAGCUCUGUCAUCAAAGCUUUUUCAAACAAAGCUUUGAAUGAAAAAAUCAUCAAGGAAAAAAAAUUGUUUUAAUUUUUCAGGAUUCAGUCAAAAGUUAGGGCUCUUACUGUAUCUUCCCAAUGUUGUGAAUGAAAUUGCAUCUUUUACAUAACUUUUUAUCCCAGGCCUGUAAUGUAAAAUAAGUCUUGAAUAAAUCAUGCAAUCAAAUUUUACCCAGGUAAUCUUACUCUCAUGAAAAGCAACUCGUGACUACUCUAACCACAGGGUGCCGUUCCAGUUCCAAAAACUUGGAACAGCAUAGCUCAAUUUUUCUCUUUUCUCUUUAAUUUGUAAUUUCAACUAUAAUUACUGUGACUAUAAUGGGGACCUGAAAACUGUCGCGCAUUUUCGUGUGACCUGACCACAAUCAUUGUUCUUUUCACUCAAUCAAAAAUUUUUUGCUUCUUUUUUACUGUUGUGUACGAUUUGGAUGCCGACCCAAACUUGUUCCUCGUAGGACUUGACUCUGAUUCACAGUAAGAGUGGAACGAUAGCUCUGUGUUGUCAAGAUUGUUUUUAUUAUUAUUAUUGUUAUUUAUUCUAAGACUUGAGAUAUUUUGUCCUAAGUGAUGUGCGUGCAGAAUGGAACGUUAGUGUUUGAUAUGCUACUUGAACAAUUGAACUGGACGUUGAUAAGAAUGCCAUCCCAAUUUAAUUUUUUUUCUAUGAGAACCGAGUGCCCAACUUGUUGCUAUGUUUGAAGUGCCAUUUGAAUCAAAUGAACGAUUGUUACUUAAACCCCUUGUAGGAUUUUUCAAAAUCCCUCAAUUAAUGGACAUUGUUUCAACUUCUCAUUUUGAUAAUGAAGGGGUUUGUAUGUUCUCACAACGAAUAGAUUUUUUAACGGAAGUGAUUUAAUUGCGAUUCCUCAGCAAAAUAAGUUUCACACACACGAAGUGUGGCCUUUGAAGGAGCAAUAUGAAGAGAGUGGAAAAGUUUUGUAUUCUCGCAACUGUAUCUUCCCAAUUUUUUCGAGUACUAUUUCCCAGUUGUGAUUUAAAAAAUUUGAGUCGUGCAAUUUUUAAUUUCUUUUCGAAUAUUCAAUGCGAUUUCAAAAUUCAAGAAAUCUAUUUUAAGGAAGUAAGUUUUUCUUUCUCUUUUGUUUCUAUAAAUUCUAAGAAAUGUAUCCAUCCAUCCAUCUGGCUAUAUCAUUUACAUCCAUUCAUACUUUUUUCUUAUUCUAAUUUUUACCGGCCCCCAAAUCCUUUUUCUAAAAUUAGUUUUUUUAAUUAUCCCAUCGUUUAACACCGAUGCUGGCUCUAGUAGUUGUAAAACUGAUUCCUGCAGAACUAAACUUGUUGACCUGUAAAAUGAAUUGUUAUUCUGUGUAAAAUUUGCACCAGCCAACUCCAGGUGUAAUAUGAAUCUGCAUUAUUAAUCAUCAUUUCUCUUACAUAUAGUUUUACAAACUGCCUCGCCUAUCGUUCAUUUUUCCUGUGUCUGAUUUUUUGUGGCGAAAGUUAAGAAAAAACCAAGUCGAAUAAUUUUUCAUUGAAUCACUGUUGCACCUUUGCAAGUACUAGUUAAUUAUUUGAUGUAUCAUAUUGCUCUAUUAAAAACUAGUAGAACAAGA